UAUGCCCUAAAACCAUUGGCGUUGGGGAUCUCGCGGAGGGGACGGACGAGCGCAGCUAGAGCGAGCCUCUUAAUUGUGGAGAUUCUAGGUCUGUGAUGUGAGGGCAAGCAAUGGCGAUGUCGAGCUUGCUGCCAGGCGCCACUACGCGAGGGAUCUUCGCAUCGUCGUCCUCUGUGCUUCCUUGCGCUGGAUCUCGCGUCGAAAGGUGCAAUGCGAGGCGAUUGGCGCCGAUCCGGUGUGUCGGCGUCCAGGCCGAGACGAUUGCAGCGGAUAAUCUCUUCCGGGAUUACAAGCCGCGGACAGCAUUUCUCUUCCCUGGACAGGGAGCGCAAGAGCUGGGAAUGGGAAAGAGUGCGCAUGAAGUAGGAGAAGCAGCAGCGCUCUUUGCAAAAGCCAGCAACAUUCUUGGCUACGACCUUCUCGAUGUUUGCAUGAAUGGUCCAAAGGAGAAGCUCGACUCUACUGUCAUCAGCCAGCCCGCUAUCUAUGUUGCUAGCUUGGCUGCAGUGGAAGCCUUGCGAGCACGCGAAGGAGGCCAGGCCAUCAUCGAUUCGAUUGACGUAGCAUGCGGGUUGAGCCUUGGCGAGUAUACCGCACUCGUUUUUGCUGGUGUGCUCAGCUUUGAAGAUGGUCUGAAGGUUGUAAAAAAGCGAGGCGAAGCCAUGCAGGCUGCAUCAGACGCGACAAAAGGGGGGAUGGCCAGUGUCAUCGGGCUCGAUCCAGUGAAAGUUCAAGCUUUGUGUGAUGCGGCCAACGAAGAAGUUAGUGAAGAAGAUCGAGUUCAAAUUGCCAACUUUCUGUGUCCUGGAAACUACGCCGUUUCUGGCGGUCUCAAAGGUAUCGACGCCGUGGAGGCAAAAGCGAAAAGUUUCAAGGCUCGAAUGCUGGUAAGACUGGCAGUAGCAGGAGCUUUCCAUACGCAAUACAUGGCCUCUGCCGUGCCAACGCUAGAGGCUGCUCUAGCCGACAUCGAAUUCAAAGUUCCCAGGAUCCCGGUGAUUUCAAACGUUGACGCGCAGCCUCACUCGGAUCCCAAAAUCAUCAAGGAGAUACUCGCUAAGCAAGUAACCUCGCCAGUCCAAUGGGAGACCACCGUGAAAACGCUGCUCAGCAGAGGACUUGAAAAUGCCUACGAACUUGGCCCGGGAAAGGUGAUCUCGGGUAUUUUCAAGCGUGUUGACAAGAACAGCCCGCCCGUCACAAACGUGAGCGUGUGAGUUAAGUAUUCAUCUCAACUAAUUUUGCCAAAGCACUGAGCCUUUAACGAAGGUUGAAAGCCUUUUUAAGAUGAUAAUAUUCAGUGUGCUAGCAUUACCAGAAAAUGCAUGAAGAACACUACAAAUUUUUUCUA